CAGAUCUGAACUGAAGAUGCUUGCAAAGAAGGGGUGUUUGUUUUGCAUCAAGCACGAAUGCAGCACAGGCAAUGGGAAUAAAGUUUUGCCCUUUGAGCAGAUCGGUUGCGCCUCUCGUGCAAACUCUGCUGCCGGACAGCACCCAUCACUCCUCCCCUCCCCUCCUUUUGGUUCCUCUGCUCCCCGCCUCCUCUGGCAUUCUCUCUGACUCUCUCCACCCCCCUCUCAGAGCGUCAUGCCUAGGCAGUUGGUUCACUCCGCCGUGUCUGGGGCUCAGCGAGAACUCUGAGAGGCUGUUAUUUAGGUCUGUUACAGCGCACCGAUCAGGGGAGGGGGGGAAAGCAGAGAGGCAGAGAUCAGCCCUCAGGAACCAGAUCUGCAUUCCAGCCGGGACGGAAAAAAAAAAAAAACAAGCGGGGGGAGCUCGGCAUCUGCAGGGACGGAGAGUGACAGCAAGGGAGAAGUUGAAAGGGGAGGGAAGCAGGUCCAGAUAGCUGCGGCGGGCUGUGUUGUUGUCACUGCCUUGGUGAGUGACGUGAGCAGUGGAAGCAGGAUAGGAGCGGCAGGCAGGCGGGCAGGACUGAGCCUCGUAGUGAUUUGUGCUGAGGGUUGGGGGGGCAAGCAUGUUUGACUGCAUGGAAGCCCUGGGAAUGGGCCCCCGUCAGCUGUAUGAUGUCACCAGCCGCGGUGCGUGCAUGCUGCGGAAGGCGAGCCCCUUCUUCCCGGCUUUGGACCCCUUCGCCUGGACGGGCAGUGCCAGUGUUCAGUCGGUGGAGACCCAGAGCACCAGCUCAGAGGAGAUGGUACCCAGUUCUCCAUCUCCCCCUCCCCCACCUCGUGUCUACAAACCCUGCUUUGUGUGCCAGGACAAGUCCUCAGGGUACCACUACGGGGUCAGUUCCUGCGAGGGCUGCAAGGGUUUCUUCCGUCGCAGUAUCCAAAAGAACAUGGUGUACACCUGUCACCGAGACAAGAACUGCCAGAUUAACAAGGUCACACGCAACCGCUGCCAGUACUGCAGGCUGCAGAAGUGCUUUGAGGUCGGCAUGUCCAAGGAAGCGGUGCGCAACGACAGAAACAAGAAGAAGAAGGACGUGAAGGAGGAGGUGGUGCUACCAGAGAGCUAUGAGCUAAGUGGAGAGCUUGAAGAACUGGUCAACAAAGUCAGCAAAGCUCACCAAGAAACAUUUCCUUCACUUUGCCAGCUGGGAAAAUACACCACUAACUCCAGCUCGGACCACCGCGUUCAGUUGGAUCUGGGUCUCUGGGACAAGUUCAGUGAGCUCUCCACCAAAUGCAUCAUUAAGAUCGUGGAGUUCGCCAAGCGCCUGCCAGGCUUCACCACCCUCACUAUCGCUGACCAAAUCACUCUGCUGAAGUCGGCCUGCCUCGACAUUUUGAUGCUGAGAAUCUGCACACGCUACACCCCUGAACAGGACACUAUGACCUUCUCAGACGGCCUGACUUUGAACCGAACUCAGAUGCACAACGCUGGGUUCGGACCACUCACAGACCUGGUGUUUGCCUUUGCCGGCCAACUUCUACCCCUGGAGAUGGACGACACUGAGACUGGUCUCCUCAGCGCCAUCUGCCUCAUCUGUGGAGAUCGCAUGGAUCUCGAGGAGCCAGAAAAAGUAGAUAAGCUACAAGAGCCUCUUCUAGAGGCUCUUAAAAUCUACGCCCGUCGCCGUCGCCCCAACAAACCCCACAUGUUCCCUCGCAUGUUGAUGAAGAUCACUGACCUCAGAGGGAUCAGCACUAAAGGUGCAGAAAGAGCCAUCACUCUGAAGAUGGAGAUCCCCGGCCCGAUGCCUCCUCUUAUCAGGGAGAUGCUGGAGAACCCCGACGCUUUUGAAGACCAAACAGAGUGCAACGAGAGCGCGCCGCCCCCGCCGCCUCCUCCGCCUCCGCCGCCGCCUCCGGCGUUGGUUGUGAAGCAGGAGGCCGAGGACGAGGACGACAGCUGGGGAACGGAAAACUGCAGCGAGCCGUCACCAGAAGAGGAGGACGAGGACGACGACGACGACUUGGGAGACGAGGAGCGAGACCGGGGCUCGGACAGCGAUGGGGAGCCCUGGGGGGUUUUGGAUAACUUAGAUGGGUCAAGGAAAGGCCUUGUGGGGAGGGCGCAGUAAAGAGAACAUUUCAUACACACAUAGGCUCUUGAUACAAACACAUGCAAACAUCCACACACACACACAUAGACAUACAACAAAACCUCACUCGCUUUUCCUCCUGAAUAAAAAAAAAAAAAUUUAAAUGCUGGCCUUUCCUUUUCCCCGCUGCUCUCCUUGCUGCACAUCACUGUGUCCUCCUGAUUGGAGCACAGCACAGCCUUAAGUGUUCAGACGCUUCCAACUCAGGCCACACGGUCCAUGACUCGUGACAUGGAAACCGUAGAAACAUAAAGUCAAGAAGAGACAGCAACAGACCAUAUGAACUCCAGGCUUAGCCGUAAGAGGAGUUGACGUGACAAGGAACGUAACCUCUUUGAAAAGCUAAAUAUUUCCUUUCUUUCCCUCUACUGUUCUCGAUAUCUAAAACCAGGGGGACAGCCAAACCAGAUACCAGAACUGAGCAGUUGAAUUCUGAUGGAUUACAACAAGCACAUUAUAGCAAAAGUACAGGGCAAUACCAAAUUGAGUAUGCUAACCCUUUUAUUUUUAUUAUUAGUUUGUGGCUGUUGCUUUUUGAACAUUGGUUUCUGAUUGUUUAAGUUUGAAUUACUAAAUAAGUUCAUACAUAUCUAUAUAAUGUUAUAUUUUCUCUUUCAUGUGUUUAUUCUGGUUUUUAUAUAUGAAUUCUUUUGGCAAAUUUUUCUCUUUUUUUAAGUUUCCUGGGAAGACAUUCAGAGGGAAAGAGGCAUCAUUACAGCUAGCUGGGUCUUCCUUCCGAUCUGCAGAAGCUUAUUAGCUUCAUCUUCUUUUUUUUUUGUUUGUUUGUUUUGUUUUUGGAGCGCCUCAGCUUGCUGCAGAUCUCAAUGAUAAUCAUGCAAAACUAAUAUUGUGUUUGCAGUGACCCAAUCGGUUUCUGUUAUCAGGGAAUUGACUUUUUUCUCUCUCUCUCUCUUUUGCUGCCAUUAAAGAUAAUAUGUGCAGGAAAUAUCUUUGUGCCAAAGUUUGGGAAAGUCAACUGUUGAGAAUGAGUUUGACUACAGGCAGGGACUCCAGCUACAAUCGGGCGUUACUCACACUAAAGUGCUUACUUCUCACGUGCACUAAGAACACAUCCUCAGUCACUUAAAGUACACACACUUUCCUUAGAUUUCUCCUAGUAAGAGAUGUGCCUCCGUGGUUUAGUGUGCUGGGACAAAGACUUACACUUGACCAUUAAAGUAGCACUUUUGUCAAUUAUUUGGUCACAUCUUAUCCUUUAAGAUUAUAGCCUCCAUCUCUGAGCAUAAUAUUCCCCUUUAGCGUGUCUGAACUAGGGAUGCGGCUUGAAAGCGUCUGAUUUUCAGAUUGAUUCUCCCUGAUCGGUUGACUGCCUGGCUGGAAACUCAAAAGUCCAAUCUUUUUUUUUUUUUUUUCCGAUCUGUGAAUGCACCAUACGAAAGUGCUGUCAAGCUGCGCUGACAACAGUUCUCUUCGGUGUGGAAGUUGUUACUUCAAGAGGAAGACUUCAAACUUGCUGGUUUUAGUUAUCAGUGCGCUGUUUGUGAAAAUGAAGUCAGAGGAAGCACAAAAUCUGUCAGGAGUCGCUUUGACUAUCCAGACGGCCACGGCAGAGAGCUAGAUUCGGUGUGUUCUCAUCAGUUCUUACUUUUGCAGUAUUCCUCGAUUUGUUAUCAGAUGCUCUGCGUACAAGAAGUAGACGGCUGUGACAGGAUGUCAAUCUGUACCCACCUUUUGGAUGUCCCAUCGAUGACUGGAAGUUGGAACAUAUUACAGCAAAAUUGCUUUGAUUUAUUCCCUUUGAAAAUUCAGCCUCUUGUGUGUUAUGGGGCAUGCUUGAAACAUUGGAAUCUGUAUUAUCCAGGGAACAUACAUGAAGACUGUUUUAUUUUUUUGCAGUUGGUAGGCCUAUUAUUAGUUGUACCAAGGAUGCAGACUGCUAAUAUAAGAUGCUAAUUCUGACAGAUGACAGAUUUAAAUGUUAACUGCUUCACAGGAAGGCUGCAAAAAAUAUUUUCAACACUUUAAUUUUUCAGGCCCAAAGUUUGGAAGCAUGUUUCUAUUGAGAAUACUUUCUUAAAAAAACAAACUUCUAAAUAUUUUUUCAAUUCUUUUAUAGCAUGAUCCGACUCUGUUUUCAUUCAUUUAAGCAAGAAUGUUGAUGUUGGAGCACAAAGAAAGAAAGAAAGAAAGAAAGAAAGAAAGAAAGAAAGAAAGAAAGAGGGUUUAGUUUUAGGGUUAAAAUUUGCAAGAGUCACAACUUUUGUGCAAAGGUAACCCCCCCCCCCUCAAAAACAACGUACAGUUGACAUAUUGUAUAUACAGUAUGUCAUGCUCUUAUUUAAGUCAGAAGAAGUUGCUUUGAAGAAGGAACCCUCAAAUAUGUGAUAAUCCUGGUAAAAAUGUAUUCUGAUCAUUGACUCGACUUUUCUGUAACUUUCAGAUGCAUCCUUGAUGCUACACACCUGAAUCACACGAAUGGAUCAUUUCUAUGCAUCUGCAGAGCUAAAGUAAAGCUUAUGAGCCAUUUGAUUGAGGUGUGUUGCAGAAGGGAGGCGUGUAAAAAUUGAAGGAUGGUAGAUCUCAAAGCCUGGACUUGGACUGCUCUACAUGAUAGUACUGUUUAUUUUUUUUGCAGAAUAUAUAUAUAUAUAGUGUGCAAAAAGUUAACAUUGCUUCCAAACCUUUGGCCAAGCUCUGUAGCUUGUGUUGCAUAUUUCUCCCCAGUCCUCUCUUGCAAAUGAGAUUUGGAUCUUAAUGGAGUUUUACCUGGUUAAAAAAAAUAGCUGAAAAGAAAGAAAAAGUUUGUAAGCAGAAAUCAGAAUUGGCAAACCAGGUAACGGCUUUACAAAAAAACAAAACAAUUGGAGACAGAUUGGAAAUGAGCCACAAAGCUGUGAUCGGGGCACCUCUAGUCAGAACUGAUGAGAACAUCAACAUAGUUAAUGCACACAUCGGCUUAGACUAAAACAUCCACACAUAGUGACAUCAGCAUAACGGAUUUUGGCAAAUGCAAGAUUUUUCUUUUUGUUUUUUUUUAGUUUUGUGAAAGAUAUUUUUAAUCAGACUCAGGGCUUUUCAGAAAGGACCAAACACUAGAUGCUCUUACGGCAUGCUAGAAACAGGCAAUAUUUAUGUGUGUAUUUCUAACUGUGUGGAUUGUAAGCCCCACCCCCUAUGCCACCUCCGUGUGCACACCUUGAAGGUCUAAAAAAAACAGCAUAGAUGCCAGUCUGACUCUCAUAACCACCUGUGCAUCUGUGCAGCAAACUGCCUUCUGAUCUCAAAGCCAUUAUCUCAUCUUGUCUUCCAAUGUAUACCCUCAGCUGUUACUGAGGGAGAGGAAUGUGUGUUCUCAUGUAUCAAUACUUAAUUGCCAAAAUGUCACGUAACGGACGUUGAGCUGGGAGAACAUGGCUGAUGUACAGUACAGAGGUUCUUUUUCGAUCUCUGUUUAAAGCAAUAUGAACAUUCUUCUAGUAGCAAUGAGACUUGUCUUCUGAACAUGGGCAGGUCUUCUCGUGUGUAUGUUUCUGUGUGAAUGCUUUUAAAUGUCUUUUGGUCAGUGGGUGAAUGUCCUCAGCAUGGUGCUGCCACACACACACACACACACACACACACACACACACACACACACACACACACACACAAACAAAAAGCUCUUGUGUGACGACCUCAUUCUUCCUUUCUCUGCAAGAUGUUAGUGAUGGUAAUGCUGGCAGAACAUUGAGAUUAUGUUGUUUUAUGUGUUUUGUUUUGUCAACAUGGCCAACGUGUUGCCAAUCCUCUGUUUAUUUCAACUCUUGUCAUACAAAGAAAAGCCAUAUAAACAGUAAGAGGCACAAUAAACUACUUUUGUGAGA